AUGCUUGAGCAACUUGACUUUGCGAGAUUUGACCAUGGGAGUACCGAAGAGCGAGAUCAGUUCUGCCGUGAUUUGAUUUCCGAGUUGAACAAGUCGGGUUGGGUACGACUAGUCAAUCAUGGCGUCCCUCCAGAGAGCAUUGACCGGGCAUUUGAGGCGAGCAACAGAUUCUUCAAUCUCCCAAUGGAGCAGAAGCUGAAGUCGCCUCACCCUCCCUCGGCUCAUCCCCAUCGGGGCUUCAGUCCCGUUGGCCUGGAGAACGUUUCAACUGUAUCUAACUAUCGCUCCUCGGCAACACAACCCUUGCUCAAGGAUAUGAAGGAGUCUUAUGAUAUUGGAUCAGAACAAGAUCCCCUGUACUCCAACAUUUGGCCUCCCGCUGAAGUUUCCGAUAGCUUUCAAACAAUAAUGAGCUCGUUCUUCACCGUCUGUUAUAACGCCCAGUUGAACAUUCUGGACGCUAUUUCGAUUGGCUUGGGAUUGCCCGUUCACUCUCUGCGUGAACUGCACACCGAACAGACCAACGAGCUGCGGCUCACGCACUAUCCAGAAGUGGAUCGGGGUGAGUUUGCCAAUGCUACUCGCAUAGCGGCGCACACUGAUUUUGGCACUAUCACUCUGUUGUUCCAAGACAAUGUCGGAGGCCUUGAGAUGGAACAGCCCCCUGGUAGUGGAGUCUUUGUUCCGGCUGACAACGCUGGCCCUUAUGAGUGUAUUGUCAAUGUCGGUGAUUGUCUCCAAAUGUGGACGGGGCUGCAUAGUGCCCGGCACCGUGUGCAUCUAGCACAAAGUGAAAACCAAGGAAAUAUGGUCCAAGAGCGAUUCUCGAUUGCGUAUUUCGCAAAACCUGAUCGUGCAGCGCUUCUCCGCCCACUACUGGAUUCAGUAGUGGAUGAUAGCAAGCCGGUGCAAAAGUUGUUGACAGCCAAUGAGUUCCAGCAUAUGCGCAUCAAGGGCACGUACGCCUAA